UUGUAGUUCGCGACCCUCAACGCGGUAGCCGUCAGUGUCCGGAAUCUGGCGCUUCCAGGUAUGCGAAUUCCACGUGGGAGGAAUCAGUCACAUUCACGGAUAUCUCUGUGGCCUUCACCGAGGAGGAGUGGGGUUGCCUGGACCCUGCUCAGAGGAAGCUGUGCAGAGCUGUGAUGCUGGGAAACUACAGGAACGUGGUCUCAGAGACUUGAACGAAAAUCCUGUGGAGCAUCUUCCAAAAAAAAGGACUUCGGGAUCUCUGUUACAUGAGCUUUCCUGCUGGCUAAUUUUGGAAGAGAUGGCCAGUACAACAAAUGGAAGUCAGGAUUGUAUUGUGAGUUUUCCAGGGGAGGUGUAUGGAAAGUCUGAACUAGAUCUGUCGCCUUGUCAAAUGUGGGGAGAAGCAUCUUCUCACAUUUCCAGAAACAAGAACAGUGUGUUGACUCUUCCAAGUGAUGAUUUCAAAAACAUUGAAAGUGAAAAAUAUUUGUCUUGGAAAUUCCCACGCCAAACGGCUACACAAGACUCUUCAGUGAAGUUCCAUAAGGGUGAGCCUCAAGAUCCUCUGGAAAGCAAACAUAUCUUUGUAACUGAAGAAAGCACAGAGAGAAAAGUAAUAAGGGUGGAAUGUUCUUCCAUGGACCAUUGUUCAGAGAACCUUCAAGUUAGACUUUUGUCUGAGGUAGCAGAAUUGGCUUCACCAUUGUACAGUGGUGAGGCAAUUUGCCAGAAUGGUCAAUUGAAAGAAUCUUUGGAUCCCUUUAACUGUAACUGCAAAGGCAUUUAUGGAUGGAAAUCACACUUGGUCAGUUGUAGUCGGCAGGCAGCUCAUACAGAGGAGAAACCCAGUAACCAUAAUGACUGUGGGAAAACACUGAACAUCAACCCAGAUGUUCAUCCAUAUGAGAAAAUCCUCACUGCAGAGAAACUGUACAGAUGUGAUCAGUGUGGUAAGGACUUUAGUCAAAGCUCAAAGCUACUGCUUCACCAGAGAGACCAUACAGAAGAAAAACCCUACAAAUGUGAGCAGUGUGGGAAGGGCUUCACAAGGAGCUCAAGUCUGCUCAUCCAUCAAGCAGUCCACACAGAUGAGAAACCUUAUAAAUGCGACAAGUGUGGGAAGGGUUUCACCAGGAGCUCAAGUCUGCUCAUUCAUCAUGCCGUCCACACAGGCGAGAAACCUUAUAAAUGUGACAAGUGUGGGAAGGGCUUUAGUCAGAGCUCCAAACUGCAUAUCCACCAGCGAGUCCACACUGGGGAGAAGCCCUAUGAGUGUGGGGAGUGUGGUAUGAGCUUCAGUCAGCGCUCAAACCUGCACAUCCACCAGCGAGUCCACACAGGAGAGAGGCCCUACAAGUGUGGUGAGUGUGGGAAGGGCUUCAGUCAGAGCUCAAACCUUCACAUUCACCGGUGCAUCCAUACAGGAGAGAAGCCUUACCAAUGCUAUGAGUGUGGGAAGGGCUUCAGCCAGAGCUCAGAUCUUCGCAUCCAUCUCAGAGUCCACACUGGAGAGAAGCCCUAUCACUGCGGCAAGUGUGGGAAGGGAUUUAGUCAGAGUUCCAAACUCCUCAUCCACCAGAGGGUGCAUACUGGGGAGAAGCCCUAUGAGUGCAGCAAGUGUGGAAAGGGCUUCAGCCAGAGCUCAAACCUUCAUAUCCAUCAGCGUGUUCACAGGAAAGAUCCCUGUUAAGUGAUGUGAACCCACUCAGGUCUUCAGAGUGCUCUUACUGUAAAAACUGUUAAAUAUUUGUAAUAUCAUUCUUACCUUUAUAGUUUAAAAGGAGAUGGUAAGGGGUAUUCAGAUAUGUUCCCUUACUGAAAAAUUAUCCAUUCAUUUGAAGUAUUUAAGUACCAAGCACUUUGUUAUACUAUAUAAUGAAUAGAUUGUUCUGGUUUCUCAGGUGGGUAGAAUGAAAACUUCUGUACUUUGCAAUUCAGCCAGUGUUAUUAGAACUACCCAGCAUUUUUAACUGCAAGAACUUUAUAUUUGUCCAAACAGGGCAUGUUUCCCUUUGUUGACAUUCUCUGAGAAAUUGAAACUCUGGUUUCUCUU